GCAAGGAAUCCAAACACACACACACACACACACACACACACACACACACACACACACACUGCGCUGUAAACAUUGCCCCGCUAUGAGGGAGAGCGACGGGAAUCUCACGCGGCGUCUCAUUGGCUAACGCGUCCUCAACACCUCCCUUGUGCCCGCCUACUUUCUGUUCCUAUGGUUCCCAGCGCUCUUAUUGGAUACUGUACACUUCUGGACGAGCCGCCGGCAACGUUUUCUAUUGGCUGUCACUCUACGUCAGUCACGGCUACUUUGACAACUUGGACCGCCCCGUAGUUUUUUCUCGCGUGCCUAUAGGUUACUGUAUCCGUCGGCGCCCUCUGAUUGGUCAAGCGGCCCAGCUGUUAGUGGUUCAUUCACCAUUUUGUGACUGUAGUGGAAAAGGGACGCGGAGAGUUUUUUUCCCAGUGCCUCUGAGUUCCUGUGGGGAGGAAGAGAUGUUUAACGGAUUAAGUAUAAAGUUAAAUGUCGGUUACAGAAUGUUUAUGGACGACCGUUGGACGCGACGUGGUGCUUGUAGGAGACACCUCAGCUGCAGUUUGUACCGCGAAUGUUUCUUCUGAUGUUGUGUGUUCGGAACUUGGCAGCAGAAGCCUGCAGAGAGGAGAGAGAGUCACUGUGAAGAUGUCAGGAUCAGUAGGAGACUGUCAUAAGGUGUAAUAGCAUCAAAACCACUUUGAGUGAGCCUGCUUAACAACAAGAAGGAAAGAAGUCCCAAAGAUUAAGAGAUUUUCAAAAAAGAAAGAAAGCUUACAAGGUGGACUACUAAAAUAAAAGAUGAGAUCUCUAAAAAAACAGAGAGGACGCUCUCCUCUGUCCACACGGGCAAAGAGUGCGAGGAAAAGAGGAGAUAAACAUGACAGACAAUCACAAACUACACCUGCUGCAGUCUCAUCCCAGAAAAAUCCACCAUCCAAGUUGGACACCUCUGAAGGGAAGACAGUCAAGAGGAACAAUAUUCCAAACAGGGAAGGGCUAAAAGGACAGAUAAAAGGACUGUCUGUGGAAGUAGAUCAAGCUGAGCAAAUUGUAGUGAGGGUCAAUAAAAUGACUACUCCUGAAAACACUAGCUCAAAAACGCAUAACAUUACCAUGACAAACAGUAUAACCAGCAACCCACUGAGCACAAACACAGCAGCCAAUAGCUCAAACAAAAGCAACUCUAUCAUUACCAAUCAUAGUCCUAUCACACUCUCCAGUAGGAAAACAGCUACCUUCAAAGCCAGAGUGCCCAAGAAAAAGUAUAUGUAUGAACAUGGAACUGUCAGCACCUCUCCAAUCAGUCCUCCUGCAUCUUCACUUGCACUUAAUAGCAAUCACCUCAGUAAACCUUGUAACCCCAUUUCUCCUAAUAGCCACCCUGUAGCCAAUAAUGUUGUAACAGAAGCUGACAAUGUUGUUAUGUCUGCUAACAUAAACAGCAAAGUUUUAACAGACAAUAAAACAAGCACAGAAACCUCAACACUCAAUUGUGUGGGUAGGGAUGAAGUUCCAUGUGUGAGAAGAAGCAUGGUGGAACCAAUGAAAACUGAUGCAUUUGGAGAAGUUGCUCCAAACUCAGCUUGCUCAUCAUCCACAGAAACAGCUAGUGAGAACUCUCCAGAUCUGGACUUGGUGGGGCCCUCUAAUGUGCACCAAAAUAUAGGGACUUCCUUAAAUAUACCAAAAAGCCCACUAACCAGAGCACUAUCCCUGCCUCCACUCCCUACCCAAAACAACCAUCAACUUGAGCAAGAAAGCUUUUCAGGAAUAGCUGAGGCACUAGCUAAAGGCCUCAAGAAUCAGAGAGUGCUAGCUCGUCAUCAGAGAACAAAGGAAGUAGAAGGAGAAGAGCCAAUCAAAGAAUGUGUUUUUAUCCGUGGUGUGGUGCGUGGAGCUACUAAAGAGCAGCUCAAUGUAGGAUUGCAGAUUAAUGGGGAGGAGAUGAAACUUUUGCUCCCAUUUCAUACACUGGUAAAUCACCCAGACCAAACUAUUGACCUCAUCUUAGAUGCCCCUCCACCAGGCAAUGAUCCAGUGGAAGUCGGGACACGUGUUUGUGUGCCUUAUGGAGAAGAUAAAGGGAAGGAAUGGUAUAGGGAAGGAGUAGUGUCACAGGUGGACUCCCAUCCAGCUGUUGCUUGCCCCUACAGAGUGCUACUGCAUGAAGAGAAUAAUCACAAGAAAGCAGGGAACAAACGAGAUGAGGGGCAACAGAGAACUUGCAUUCAGGCUGUGUGGGUCUCCCGACAGAACCUGCGCCUUCUUGUCCCACCAUGGGAAGGAGACGUGCAGGAGAGAGAGGAAAGAGAAAGAAGGGAAGAUAUGGAUGUAGAGAGAGAGAUGUGUCAGCUUAGUAGGGGAAUGACUAUGGGAGGUACAAAGCCACCUCAGAAGAAUUCUGAUAUUGGUGGUCAACAGUAUGAGGGCACACCUAGUUCCUCAUCUGCAUCCUCACCAGCAAUUAUGAUGUCAAACAGUGCACUAAUCAUAGUGACUGGAAGAGACAGUCAGGUGGCUGAGGACACAGAUAGAGAAAGAGCAAGAGAAAGAGAGAGAGAAAGAAAGCAGCUACAGACUCCAGAGGUUGACUUGGAAGUUUUAAGGCUUAACCUGGCACCUCUUCAAGAUGCAGUAGGUACUCUGGUUUCAGGAGUACCAAAAACAGUUAGACCCAAUGACCACAGACAGAUCAUUUCUAAGCCUUCUGGAUACUCAAGUCCCAUCUCAGUUGUCCGAGGUCUCACUGGCACAUCCUUGAGUACCCACUUGACUAGUCCACCAUCAGGCAGCCCUCAGCCACCUGCUUCAUCAGCUUUUGUUGGCUCUGAUGGAGUUCUGUUGCAGCCCCACUCUACGACUGUGCCUCCCUCACCUAGCUCAAAAGUUUCCCUUACACCCUUGGACAAGACCUCCACUCCUUCACAGACUUCUGCUCCUAUCCCAGGGAGUUCUGCCUCAUCCUCAGCUUCCUCCUCACGAUCACGAACUCCACUUUCUGCUGCUCAGCAAAUAUAUAAAAAGGGUGAUGUGGUGUGUACACCCAAUGGUAUCCGCAAGAAAUUUAAUGGAAAGCAGUGGCGUCGCUUGUGUUCAAAGGAUAGUUGCAUGAAAGAGUCUCAGCGUAGGGGCUACUGCUCUCGACAUCUCUCCAUGCGCACUAAAGAGAUUGAAGGAACAGGUGGAGAGAGGGAGCUAAAGAGAGGAGGAGGAAGCAGUUCAGGAACUGCAACCCCUUCAGACUUGCGAGGCCGGGCUAGCAGUGAGUUUGACUGGGAAGAGACAUCACGGGACAGCAGUGAGACCAGCAGUCGGGGAACUGACUCACGACCACGUCUUGUUCUUCCAUCACUUCUGCCACAGGAUUUUUCACGCUUUGACUUUGAUGAAUGUGAGGCUGCUACUAUGCUUGUGUCUUUGGGGAGCUCACGAUCAGGGACUCCCUCAUUUUCCCCUAUAUCAAACCAGUCACCUUUUUCUCCAACUCCCUCUCCCUCCCCUUCUCCACUCUUUGGUUUCCGUCCUGCUAAUUUCAGUCCUAUUACAACUUUAACAGUCUUACCUCCUCGUCGCCACCGACAUACAAGUGGUACUAGCAGCUCGAAGCUUAGUACUUUAGUGGCAGACAAGGAACGGGAGAGACUUGCAUCUGGCAUUGUACCAUCUUUUCAAACCAGUUUAACCUUUACUGUACCUGUAAGUCCUAACAAGCAUAAAUCAGAUACCUCACAACCCACAGCUCUUGUUAUGCAGGAUUGCACCAAACUUGACCUGGACCAGAGCACAGGAGAUCUCUCAGUAGGAACUUCCUUUCAUGUACUUUCUCCUCAGACAACCACGUUCUCUCAUUCCAAAAGGCCCACGUCAUCUGUAACUUCUUCACUACCACCUUCUCCUUUAACCUUAGAAUCAGGGUCACAACGUGCAGUCCCUCAGCAGACACUGCGUGACUCUCCUGUAAUUGUACGAAAUCCUGAGGUUCCUCUAGCAAAAUUUGCAGAAUGUCCACUGGUAAAGGUUGCAGAUAAAGAGGGAGCAAACUCCAAGCAUGACAGCUUGACCGGUGUUCUCCCUGGUGCAGGAUUACAGAUGCCUGUUCCAAUUAAUGCUGCAGCCUCCACUAAUGGGGCAGUCUUAUUACAUAGCCCUUCAUCAACUCUGGUCCUGGUGUCUUCCAUCUCUUCCCUUCCAAACCCCAACCCUACAAGCCUCACCACUCAAUCCAGCCCUGCCUUGGCCUGCAUAUCAGUGCCCAGUCCAGCCCCUGAUUCUGCUUCCUUUGGUUCAGGAGGAGGAGAUCAGGGAAAGGGUGGAAUAACAAAAUUACAGCAACCAGUUCCAUGUCACCCUGCCCCGACUGCUUUGUUGCCACUUUUACUUCCUGCAGAGACUUUGCACCCUGUGCCAUGCAAGGACAUCAUCAUGGGACGACCAGGAACUGUGUGGACUAAUGUGGAGCCUCGCUCGGUUCCAGUGUUUCCUUGGCAUUCGUUGGUGCCGUUCCUGGCACCGACUCAAUCAGAUCCAUCGACACAGCCUGGUGAGGGCCAGCAGCCUGUCAAUCAUUCUCAGACUGGCACUCUUAAGAAAGAGUGCCAGGGCGGUUCAGUGGUGAAGGAGGUCGUUGAGGGAGCAUCAACCCCUACUUUGCGACCUGCUCCCUCUAUCGAUGACCUCCCCCCAGAGAAGGAAAGAGAGAGGGAGACAGAAAAAGAGAGACCAGACAGUGAAACAGAAAGUGAUGUCGAUGAUCCGUUUUUACCAGGUGUCCUCCCUGACCCACCAGUCUCAGCAUCUCCCGGGAAACGCCGUUCUCAGUCUCUGAGUGCGCUGCCCAAAGAUGACAAAAACAGCCCUGGCAAGAGGGAGAAGGAUCACAUCCGGAGGCCCAUGAACGCCUUCAUGAUCUUCAGCAAGCGCCACCGUGCUCUCGUUCACCAGCGGCACCCUAAUCAGGACAACCGCACCGUUAGCAAGAUCCUGGGAGAGUGGUGGUACGCUUUGGGACAAAAAGAAAAACAGAAAUAUCACGACCUUGCAUUCCAGGUGAAGGAAGCGCACUUUAAGGCCCACCCCGACUGGAAGUGGUGUAAUAAGGACAGGAAGAAGUCGAGCAGCGAGAGCCGUAAUGCGCCAGGGGGAAAGGAUGUCAGAGAGAGAAGCAUGUCAGAGACAACAGAGCCUCCAUCUGUUUCCAUGGGUGCUGAGCUUAAAGGGAUUGGGCCGGGUGUGGUAGGCGUGUCAGAGCGUGCUGGAGGGGAGAGGCUUGCACGCCCCCGUGCCUUCUCACAGAGUGCUAUGCACAGCUUGGAGAGAAGCGAGAGAGGCAACCCUCAGGUGCUAGCAGAGCUCUCCCAGAUAUGUGGGGAUGGGGGCCAGUUUUCAGGUCGGGGGGGAACACUGUCUCAGGUCCAGAGGGGUGUGAGUGAAGAUAUGACCAGUGAUGAGGAACGCAUGGUCAUUUGUGAAGAGGAGGGGGAUGAUGAUGUCAUUGAGGACCCUUAUCCAGGCAGCUCCAUAGACCUGAAGUGUAAGGAGAAAGUGACAGACAGUGACAGUGAAAAUGGAUCUGGGGACGAAGGUGAACGCAAGAGAGUCUUUGCCCCUGUGAUCUGCUCGUCAGCGUCAGGACCCGGUCACGGGCGGAGUGUAUCUCUCUCCUCUUACCCUUCCUCCAGACACUCCUCAGACACUUCCAUCAAGAAGAAGCGUGGGAUAGAGGGAGGAGAGGGAGAGCGUCGGGAUGGUGAAGGUGGUGCAUCUCACUGUCUUCCCCUGUCUUCCUCUGGCCAGUCCAUUUCAGUUAGCACAUCUUCAACACUGGGAGCAGUGAGAGUAGCAUCCACUAUCGUCACUAAUGUGGUACGCCCUGUUGUCAGUACACCAGUGCCAAUUGCCAGCAAAUCGGCCCAAGACAGAAAAGCCACCACUCCUCAGACGCAGCUUCUUAUUGGAUCUGGAGUGGCAGGAAGUGGGGCAACUUUGGCACCAUCAGGAGGGGGCGGGUACUAUUCCUCAUCUUCGCCCAGUCCUGUAACUGCACCUGGAGGUCAAGGGGGGCUAAAUCUCGUCUUGGGAAGCACAUUCCAGGCACCGUCUGCAGUGCAGCUUAUCACACCCCCUCCUUCUCAAAAUCCUGCAUCCCCCGCCACAGUCACUCCCACUCAGAGUAAUGGUCCUGCACCUCUGCCUCUGCUGCAGCCUCACAUCCUUCCUACAGCCUCGCCCGCACCCUCUGCAGGCCAAAAAGCAGUCACACAAGUACAGUACAUCCUGCCCACUCUCUCUGCCAACAACCCCAAGAGCCCCUCCCCUCAGCAGCCCAGCCAGCCAACCAGUAUCUUCACCCUGCCUCCAGCUCCACCUACACUUGCUUCAGUGGCAAAUGGGAAGCAGUCAGGAUAUACCUCUGGCUCUGCAGUAGGCGUGGUCAGUCCAGGAGCUAGAGUGCAAACACAGUCCCCAGUCUUACAGGGCAAGAUGCUGGUUCCCAUGGCAACUGUGCGGACCACUCCUGCCCCUUCUCAGCAGUUUCCCCUGAUGGCUCCUCCUCUUCCUGUGCAGAAUGGAGCUCAGACAGGAAACAAGAUCAUCCAGAUUGCCCCCAUGCCUGUUGUGCAGUCCCAGCUUCCUUCAGCAGGGAGUCCUUUCCCUGUAACCAUGGCAGCAGCCACAGUGGUUGCCCCCCCAGGCUCUACCCCCUCACAAGCUGUGCUGCUGCCUCCCCCACCCACGAGAAUCACUUAUGUCCAGUCCACUCCAGGAGGGCCCUCCCCUAUCCCUCUUGUAUCCACUGCAACAGGCUCCACCUCCCAAACGGUGCCCCCAACACCUGGAUCAGCAUAUGUGCCAUCUCCUUUGGCCACCUUUGCAGCGAUUGCUCAUCCGGGACAGGCUUUAGUGCAGCCACUUAUUACUGGUCAGCCUCCUUUGUUAGCACCGCCCCAGUCUCACAGCCCAGCCAUCACAGCCAUCUACCCUUCUCCAACUGUCACCCUGGCGACAGGGGUGGUGUCUGCAGCAACAGUGCCACCUGGCGUGGUUUAUACGGUCUCAAGCCCCUCUAUCCUUCCCAAACACACUUCCACCACUUCUGUGACACCUACGACCCUGCCGGCCCCUGACAGGCCGGGUCACGGUCCUGCACACGCUGAGCUGGACAGACAGACGGACAAACUGCCUCUCUCUCACACUGACAGACUGACUAAAGUCGGCAGUAGCUCAACGGCUCCACCGCCUGGUGCGACAUUGCCUCUACAGCCUGCCAGUCCAGCUCAGCCACCACUUGCAGCUGCCAUUUCUAAACUUCCCCCGGUCCCUGCCAGGCCUCCACAGAAGAUCAAGGCCACUGUGGCCAACAUCCCUGUUGGCUGCUAUGAUGGGGGAGGGAGAGGAAAAGAGAGAGAGAAAGACAGGGAGAAAGAGAAAGAGAGGGAACGUGAGAAGGAGAAAGAGAGCAGCAGCUGUUUCUCGUUCGAGGUGGAUAAAUCAGGAGAAAUGACUCCUGCUGCUCCCGCCUCACUAGAUGAUGGCUCUUCGGAAGCUGAAGCUCAUAACAGUGGUGAAGCGGGUUCCACAAGCACACGCAGCAAAGAGGCCAAUGCUAAAGAGGCUGAAUGGAAAGACUCUACAUCCUCUUCUCCCUUACCUCCAUCAGCGUCAGAGCCUGCCCCGCCCCUUCCGCAGUCAGACAAAGAUAAUCCUCUUCCCAAAAAGCUCAAGUCCCGCCCCCCACCGCUGAAGCGCCCAUUCGACUCAGUUGACAAAGUCCUGUCAGAGGUGUACUUUGAGGAGCGAUUUGCUGAGCUGCCAGAGUUUCGUCCAGAGGAGGUGCUUCCCUCUCCAACCCUGCAGAGCCUGGCCACCUCUCCACGCGCCAUUCUGGGCAGCUACCGCAGGAAGAGGAAGAACUCAACCGGUGAGAGAGAUUUAGACUCCUCCACGGACGACCCCAUCUCCCCGAAGAGAAAGAGCCGGCGCAGGUCUAGCUGCAGCUCAGAACCUAACACACCCAAAAGUGCUGCCAAGUGUGAGGGUGAUAUAUUUACCUUUGACAGGCCAGGUACAGAUGGGGAGGACAUACUGGGGGAGCUGGAGUUUGAUAAGGUGCCAUACUCCUCUCUGAGAAGAACUCUUGAUCAGAGGAGAGCUCUUGUCAUGCAGCUAUUCCAGGAGCAUGGUUUCUUCCCUUCAGCCCAGGCCACUGCUGCAUUCCAGGCACGAUAUGCUGAUAUCUUCCCUACCAAGGUGUGUUUGCAGUUGAAGAUCCGCGAGGUCCGCCAAAAGAUCAUGCAAACGGCUGCGCCUACCGAAAUUGCAGGGACUUCUGACUCUGCCUCUUUACCGGGCCCAUCUGGGCCUGCAGCCAAUGAGGGAGGAGGCGGGUCUGAGUCUGCAGAUAAAGAGGCAGAGCGAGACGAGGAACAAAGCAACUCUGAUGAGCCCAGGAACGCAGGCGAUUCACUGGACUCCACCAGAUGAGUUCAAUGGACAAAGUGAGAGGAACGACUGACGACCAGAUCCCUCCUCCUGCAUCUAUAGAAGACACGUGUAUUGCUCUUCUCAGUAGAGUGCGAGUGUGGAAUGGAUGUUCAGAGGGGGAGGUCCCAACACGAACUGGGUUUUUUCAACUGAAUUCUACAGUAUUUCAUGUUUUGAAAAAACUUUUAAUUAUGAAAGACUCAAAUAUAGGUCACAUUUACACACACACACACACACACACACACACACACCAUUUCUCAUUGUCUUAAAUAUCCACACUUGAACUUAAAGCAUUAUUUUACUGCGAAGGCUUCCUUGGGACUCUUGAGACUUGAAGAUUACAGAAUUGUUCUGUAAACAGUGAAGGCAACCCUGCUACUAUACAAAGGCAGGACUUAGGCAGGCAUCAGAUUCCUUUACAGACUAAACUGAUUUUUUUUUUUUUUUUUUUUUAUAAACAUGACAUGGAAGUAUCAGUCGGGCACAAAUGGUUUGUCAUAGGCUCAUGGUUUACUGCCAGUCAUUGUGAGGCUGGCCUCCACUGGCUAGGUUUUAGAGAUGAUGAAGACUUAAUGGACUCGUAUAUUUUGAUAUUUACUUCCCCUUUCCCAACUUCCAUUGUGUUUCAGUUUUAAAGGCUUUUUAUUGGCAAGCAUUGUCAAGGCACUGAAUAGCUUCAGUGAGGGAGUAGCUUAGCUUUCACAAGCUCCUUCUUCCUAUGAUUGGCUGUAGUAGAUGCCAGUCACAGCCUAAGCUACAGAUUGGCCAGCCAUGAAGGAAGAUGUUAUUAGAAGGGAAGUCAGUGGGCACAUUAUGGCCAUUGAUUGGAAGUUUGGAAGUUUUUUCAUAUAUAUUGAGAAACAUAUUUAAUUUUUUUUCUUUCCAUGCCAUUUUAUUCAUGUUAAUAUGAGAUGAGGAGGUAGAAAGGAUGGUGAAAUACAUUGUUAGGAAUUUACUAUAAGACAUAACUUUUUAAAAAAGAAAAAGCAAACUUGACUUUUAAUUUAACUCAAAUCUACAGGUCAAUAUGUUAUUGAAUUUCUCAUUACUGUUCUUAAUACUAUUCUUGUGGAUCUGAUCCGUAUAACCAACAUACUGCACCUUUUUGUCUUGCUUUUGAGGAUGGAAGUAUGAGAGGACAGGAGCAAAAAAAACAAACAAAAAAAACAACUCCACUCUUAGUUUGUCCUCCAAAAUCGCACUUCAACUGCGACAUUGAACUUUUCCUUUUAUUGGCCUUAUCUUGAUAAUCACAGAGAUGUGAUGAUUAUUUUUUCUUCUUUCAAGAACAUAAAUAUAUUAUAUGCUCCUCUGUUGUGCAGGAAAUCCCAGUCUUUUAGCGCUAGUUCAACCUUCUCCACUAACAUUCCUCCCUGUUCCUUCAUUCCUGUUUUUCCCUCCUUCUGUCACUUUAUUGGUCUUUCUACAUCUCAGCCACUUUAGGUUGAGCUAAGAGAGAAAGGUGGAAGAAGAGGAGAAGGAGGCAGGAUGUCUGUGAUGAUUGUGCUGUGUGAGGCUUGUUCGUGUUGUACAUAGUUCUGGUGGAGUCUCAUGGCUCUGUACCAUAGUAAGGAGCAUUAUUAAACGUUAAACAAUGCCAUUACAGGAAUUGAAAUUGUAAAACAAAUGAAAAAAAUGAUUAUGAAUAUUAACAUUUUGCUAAUUAUGUGAAAAGAUUUAUACAAAUAAGCUCUACAUUUGUAUCUAUUUCUCUCAGUAUAUGAAUAAAUAGAUGUUCAAAUAAACAGCAA